CCAAACAGCCCACGCAACCUCCACGGACAUCUGGUCAUCGACGUUACGACAUUUUGAUUUCUCGACGGCGCACUGCGAACGAAGGCGCAAGGAUUGGACAGCGACAUUUGCAACGAAUCCCUUGGCGAUAUCCUGAACUGUGACACGGGAAGCUAAAGCCCUGUUUGAAACCUUUGACCGAGUUUUCUUGGCAGAAGAGCACGCGAAUCGUGCGCUGACAGCAGAGUUAGAUGGGCAUUGUGCAAAAUCUGUAAAGACCGCACGCUUGAAGCUGUUUUAUCAAAUAUUUGGGACCGAGUUUCUAUGGUCUUUGUCUUUCAAAGUAGCCAUAAAGUGGAUAAACCUAUCUUGAUCAUAUUGUGAUAUUGCAUCGGAGCUUAAUUUUAUAUCCUUUAUAUACUUCUACCCGAGAACUACGAUGAAUCCACCAAAUCUUGGUGGUCGCCGGAUGCAUCCCAAGUUUAAGCUGGCGAAACCAAUGACGUUAUCGCAAUUGGGAACGUUCUCAAGUCCCUUUGCGAAUUUUGCUAAAUAUGUGGAUCCGAGUGGGCGUCUCAACUUUCACGGGAAAGCAAUAUUGCACGCAUCAGGAGUUGAUUUCACGAAUGGGAAUUCGUACAAGAUCAAUAUGAAUGAGUUGAUGCUGUUGGAAGAGCUGGGGAAGGGACAGUACGGAGUUGUACAAAAAGUACAUCACGUACCGACGAAUGUCACCAUGGCAAUGAAAGAGAUCCGUCUGGAGCUCGAUCAAACGAAACUCAAUCAGAUUCUUAUGGAGCUCGACGUUCUCCACAAAUCCACGAGCCCAUUCAUUGUCGAAUUCUACGGAGCGUUCUUUAUCGAUUGCGUAUACUAUUGUAUGGAAUACAUGGACGCCGGGUCAUUAGAUAAGCUGUACGGUGAUGGGGUGCCAGAAUCUGUACUAGCAAAGAUGGCAUUGGCGAUGGUGAAGGGAUUGAAAUUCUUAAAGGAUGAGCUAUCCAUCAUUCACCGAGACGUCAAGCCAACGAAUGUAUUGGUCAAUACAAAGGGGGAUGUAAAAUUGUGCGAUUUUGGGGUGAGCGGGCAACUAGAGCAGUCACUGGCCAAGACGAAUAUAGGAUGUCAGAGUUACAUGGCGCCUGAGCGAAUCACAACGGCAGAAGCGAGCACCUACACGGUGCAAUCCGAUAUCUGGUCCCUUGGUCUCUCAUUGGUUGAGCUAGCGCUGGGAAGGUAUCCAUAUGGUGGUGGAAAGUUUGACUCUGUGUUUGCACAAUUGUCUGCGAUUGUCAGUGGAGAACCUCCCGAGCUCCCUGCGGAUAAAUUUUCGCAAGACUGCCGGGAUUUUGUUGCAAAAUGCUUGAACAAGGUGCCGACCGAGCGGCCAACAUAUGGUCAAUUGCUGGACACGCCAUGGCUACAAAAGUACGAGACAGAAAAAGUGGAUAUGGCGGGGUGGGUACAGGAUGCGCUGGAUGCCAAGAACCAAAGAAUACUGUUGCAGCAGCAGAUGGAGCAGGCGCAGUUGGCGGAACAGCAUCCGAUGGCCUGAACCGGAAGCGGAAACAGAGACGUCCUUUUGCUGGAUGUGAUGGUGUCUGCUGGAUGGGGCAUAUCCUAUUCUUUUGUUUCUUCACUUUUGUGUGUUUUUGUCGGCAUAUUUGCCGAUUUUGUAUCUAGUGUCAAAGGGAGAUAUUUGACGUCUGUAAAAGGGAAGAGUAGGGCGAGGGAUGGCGACGAGAAGAGACAUGAAUACUAUUGGGUUGUAAUAGACAGAAUGCAGUGAUAAUGGGUCAUCUAUUACAUAAUCUUUUUGAUAGUGUUUAAAACGCGACUGGAGAGCUGUUUUGUUACACCG